ACCUCUUUCGGAGCAUGCGCAUUUUAGUGCAUUGUGCUGUGGCUACUCACAUUGAAAAUACUAAGGGUGUAUCUUACUGGAGGUUAAGUUAUAAACAAAUAUAGAACUUAAUCAUUUUUAUUUCAAGUCAUACAUGGAUUGACUAUCUACCCAGCGCUAUUCACACCACAACAACUCUUUUUGACGAUAUGGCGGAGAGUAGCAGUGCGGCGAAUCUUCCGCCCGGAGACCCACAGCUUAUAAACAUGAUUGUUGAGCAUCUGAAAAACCGAGGCCUCUUCGAUGAGUUCAGACGAGACUGUCUCGCUGAUGUUGAUACAAAACCAGCCUAUCAGAAUUUACGCCAGAAAGUGGACAACUUUGUGUCCAAUCAUCUGAGCACUCAGGAUUGGAACCCCUCAAUCAACAAGAACCAAGUGCGGAAUGGUCUCAGGCAGACUGUUGUACAAUCAGGCAUGCUGGAAUCUGGGGUGGACCGGAUUAUCACACAGGUGGUGGACCCUAAACUGAACCACAUCUUCCGGCCACACAUAGAGGAUGCCAUUCAUGGCUUCCUUGACAUGAAGGAAGAGGGUGGCUCUAACGCCAUGACAACAGAAGCGGAGCCACAGGAUGUCAACAACGCAACACAUGACAUGGACGUUAAAUUGGCAUUGAUGGGUGUUUUAAUAUUUUCCAUUUUAUACGAAGUCCGCGCUACAGAUGUAACCGAGCAUGAAGCAUCUCAGGAGCGAGCUCUGAGCCUCCAGAAGAGAAGACUUACCCUGCAGAACACAGCUGAUAUCCAACAUUGCCUGUUGUCUGCGGGGGAUGUCGGCUGUGGCAUGUUUGAGUGCUUCAGCAACAACACCUGUGAGAUUCGGGGCCUGCAUGACAUCUGCCUGACGUUCAUGCACAAUGCUGGCAGAUUUGACUCUCAGGGGAAGUCCUUCAUCAAGGACGCGCUCAAGUGCAUGGCCCACGGCCUGCGCCAGCGCUUCAGCUGUGUGAGCCGGCGCUGCGUGGCCGUCAAGGAGCUGGUGUUCCAGCUGCAGCGCCAGUGCUACACCAAGCACAACCUGUGCUCCGCCGUCAGGCAGAACGUCAACGUCAUGGUGGAGAUGAUCCACUUCAGUGACCUUUUCCCCAAAGGGCCGCACGUGGAGCUCGUGAACAUCCUGCUGGGCUGCGGAGACGAGGUGAGGGAGGCGAUCGGCCGCCGCAUCCGGGCCCAGUGUGAGGUCAACUGGGGGGCGCUGUGUGCCAGCCUCAGCCUCUGUCCUCUAGCGAGGGGAGGAGCUGACCAGGCCCUCACCCCUGCCCCAGCCACCACCCGGGAGCACGGGAAUACGCUGCCACCUGGAGGCCAGCCGGGGGAGGACGGCGAGCAGUCUUGGAUGGAGGAGCUCUUGAACGAGAAGGACCAAUCGAAACCGCAGGAGGCUCUCGGUGCUGUCCUGCCUCUGCAAGAUAACAGCACUGGCACUUUAAAGCAGGAGCCUCGCGAGAUUGAUGAUGGGGGACAGUAGAGAUAGAACAGACACACAGAGAGAGAGAGAGAGAGAGAGAGAGAGAGAGAGAGAGAGAGGGACAGAUAGGAGGGAGGGAGAGGGGAAAGAGAGAGUGAGAGAAAGAGGGAGAGAGUGAGAGAAAGAGAGAGAGAGAGAAAGAGAGAGAGACCACAGCAAGGACCACAACAAGGCCUGCUGCACAUGUUACCAGAAACGCUGAAUCUCAGGUUAAGAUGUCCACCUCCUUACUGACUAUUGAAGAUAACAAGAAAUGCAAUGCACUCACUCACAUACUGAAUGCACAUAGAACACAUGAACACACUUACUCACACAAACACAUAAAACAACACACACACACAAUCCAUAUUAGUAAUCAAUAAGCUAAGUUGCCAUGGGGCAUCCAACACAUACUGUACAUCUGUCAUUAGUAUAACUACUAGAAGUAGAGAUAUCUGAACAUAAGAGGAUUUGGGGAUUUGCUACCUAUUGUAUUUAUUCCAGCUCAUUUUACAGGGUUUUAUGCUGUUUUGCUUUAAACCAAAUCCUGUUCUAUUACAAUAUUGACUGAUUUAUAUGUAAUAUCCUUUGGAUAUACACUUGUGUGUGUUUCCUUGUUACCAAUGUCACAGUUAUGUAUGUCUUGACAGGCACUUAUAUUUAUAUGGGACUAGCAAGACUGCCAUUGUCAUUUUUGAUGUAAAGCAACUGAAUGUUUGUAGUAUAAACCCGUAUAUGUGCAUUCUGUACAGUCUGGCACAUUCAAGUUUUUUUUUUUUUUUAACUCUCAGAAACCUACAGUAUAAGCUGGUUUGGAUGACAAUGCACAAAUGUGAUUGUCUUUCACAUUCAAUAUACAUUAACUUGUUGUAAAUGUUGACAGUGAAUUAAGGGAUCUACCUCAACAUUUCUCAGCUGUGACAGAUAUUGCAGGGGCAAAGUAAAUGUUCACAUACAGGAACAAUAUUUUUUCACUUUUUACCAGGGAAAACGUUUUACAACUAUUUCAUUCAAACAUUGCAUUCUUGUUUUGUAAGACUUGUAAAUACAAUAUAUAUUUUUAUUUAUUUUGAGUAUGCAUGAGAUCUAUACAUUGCGCUCUUAAUCUCCCUUUUUAUAAUGCAACUGCAAAUGUGAAGUGCCCUGAGGUUUUUAUAGACAUAUUUGCAGUUUUUCUUUUCUUUUUUUUUGGUGGAGAAAAUUAAUAUUGUAAAUACUGUGUUCUUAUUUUACCACAAGUUAUAUUAUAUGCAGUGCUUUCUAAGCAUAUAUAUAUUUCAGCUGAAUGU